GGGGUAAUAUAGGAGAAUUCCGCAAAUGAGUCCCUUGAGAUUUGAUAUAGCAUUAAAGCAGACUCGGUUCCUAUUGGUUCUGCGUUUUAACUUGUACCCCUCUCUCUAUGUGGAUUCACUUCUAACAACCACUACCCCACUGCCCUUUUGAGUUCUGACUUCUGAGUUUUGAGCUACAGAAGAAGAAAGAAAAAUGGUGUUUUGGGUAUUCGGAUAUGGGUCAAUAAUAUGGAAAGCAGGUUUUAAAUACGAUGAACGUGUUCCUGGAUUCAUUAAGGGAUAUCGCCGUGUUUUUUACCAAGGAAGUACUGAUCAUAGAGGAACACCAGAGUAUCCAGGAAGAACAGUCACAUUAGAGCCUGCUGCUGGAGAAAUUUGUUAUGGAGUUGCUUACAAGGUUUCACAGAAGGAGGAUAUUGAAACUGCAAUCACAUAUCUAGAGGUGAGAGAAAAGCAAUACGACCAAAAGCUUUAUCUGGAUUUUUUUCCGGAGUCAACCAAUUUGACACCGGCUGUGAGCGGUGUGUUGGUGUAUGUAGCUUCUUCAGAUACGAGCCUGAACCAGAACUACCUGGGUCCUGCAUCACUAGAGGAGUUAGCCAAGCAAAUUGUGCGCGCAGAAGGCCCCUCAGGGCCUAACAGAGAGUAUCUGUUUCAACUUGAGAAAGCACUCCUUGAACUUGGAUGCAAGGAUGCUCACGUAAUGGGUCUUGCCAGAGAAGUGAGAUGCAUUCUCUCUAAUGACUAGGCAAAGAGCUCAUAAAACUUGUCGAUCUGUGUCAAUGAAAUUGAAAGCAUUGUUGCCAUAAUCCCAUCUAGUAGUGAUUUGGUGAGCCAAUCAAAACACGAAAUUUUUGCUAUAUAUGCCGAUAGCAUUGUUUCUCUCCAGGCAUUCACCUGGGAAGCUAUUCAGACAUGAGAUUAUUCAUAGAAUACCGAUCUAUGCCACUUAUGUAUGGUUUAUUGUUCAAGUUGGACCAUUAGUUUUAAUAGUUGUCAUUACUUGGUUGAAGCAUAUUAGACAAUAUUCAAGAUACUUUAUACUACAUUGUUCUAAAUAUUUGCACCUCAAACCUACUAAAUUAUCAGUUGUAUAAAUCUUGUGUUUGAAGCA